AUGCCACGCACAACAGAACACAUUGCUGACGUGCAUGCAGCAACAGAUGAGCAACUGGACAGCUAUAAUGAUCGGAUAGUAAACUACCUGCUGUCAUUGAAACACUUUGAAUUGCGACCAGUCAAUAUCGGACAAGUUGCAAUCAAUCGAGAUGAAUCUGAACAGAUUCUCACCAACACACUUUAUAAGGAUCCAGCACUUUUUCUUGAAAAAUGGGGCAAGUUUCUGACUGCAGAUUUGAUCCAGUCAUUUCCAACAGAUGAAACAGACUACGAAAUCACAUUCCAUCUUGAUCGUUUAAAAAAGUCGCUUUUUAUUCAUCAGCCAGUAUCUAAUCAGCAUUCAGAUACAGCAAAGUUGGUACGAAAUCGUCGAUUCAAAUACUUGAAACUCUUACUUGAUCGCAACGAUGAUUAUUUCUCUAUCCAUGCAAUGCGAGAUAGAGAGCCCAUCAUUUAUCAAGAAUAUAUUGGGCAAUUCAUAACUACUGAACAAAUGCAUGCAGAAUUUCCAUCAGAUAUGCGAUUGGUGGAUCGUAUUUUUCAUGAUGUAGACAAUGCAAUGUUUUUGGAAUCAAUUGGAAAACGCAGUUAUGGGGACAAUAGUAGCUUUUUGAAAAACACGAGUGUAUCAAGAAACAGCGACAAAGACGAGGAUAUUGUCGAGUAUGAUACUGAUUCAGACGAUAACGAGGAUCAAUCAGAGUUUACUGCACAUCCUAGACCUAAAUCAGAAAUCGAAUCAAAUGACAAUGCAAUUUCUGGUGAAUCUACUGAUCAGCUCCAGGUUGAACUCGACGAUAAUAAUACCACCAAAGAGCAAAUUGACUUGUUGGAAGUGGAAUUUAACCGAAUUAUGCAUGAGCGAUUUGUGGAUGGCUUAGAUGAUUUUGAUUACUCCAUAGUGGACAAUUGUGAAGAGUACGAUGAUUUUGAUAUUCUAGCAUUAGAUGCAGAGGAUCGAUAUUUUGAUAGUGAAGAUCCAAGUAACUGA